AUGCUGAGAUUGGUGGGCAUCACGCCAGGAAGCAUGCCUCCUUUCUCAAAAUGUAUCUGGGAGGAAGGUGCUGCCAUCAGAGCAUUUAAACUUGUCGAAAGGGAUGUUUUCCAAGAGGAAGGAAUAGUCCAGCUACUGCAGUCACCUUGCUCUGAUGAACUUGUUGGCUAUAAGAUCCCAGGAACACGUCGGAUCCAAGAUAAUCUUUCCGAUCUCCAUGCUCAGGUUGCAGCAAACCAGAGAGGUAUAUCACUUAUCAAAGAACUGAUAAAUCAGUAUGGCUUGGUCACUGUUCAAUCAUAUAUGAAUCAUGUUCAAAAGAAUGCUGAGGUAGCUGUCAGAGAGAUGCUCAAAACAGUUGCGUCUAGAGUUGCAAAGGAGAAUGGAUCAUGUGUUGUUGAGGAUGAAGAUUAUAUGGAUGAUGGCUCUGUCCUUCACUUGAAACUCACCCUUGAUGCUAUUAAAGGUGAAGCUACAAUUGACUUUGAGGGUACCAGUCCUGAGGUCUAUGGCAACUGGAAUGCUCCUGAAGCAGUUACAACAGCUGCUGUCAUAUACUGCCUACGGUUACGGUGCUUGGUGGAUGUCGAUAUACCGCUAAAUCAAGGCUGCCUAGCACCUGUGAAGAUCCUCAUUCCUAAAGGCUCUUUCCUCUCACCAAGUGACAAGGCUGCUGUUGUUGGUGGCAAUGUGCUAACGUCUCAGAGAGUGACUGAUGUUAUCCUAAUGGCGUUUCAAGCCUGUGCCUGCUCUCAGGGCUGCAUGAACAAUUUGACCUUUGGGGACGACACCUUUGGUUACUAUGAGACCAUUGGAGGUGGAUGUGGAGCUGGGCCAACCUGGGAUGGCACUAGUGGUGUUCAAUGUCACAUGACAAACACAAGGAUGACUGACCCUGAGAUCUUUGAGCAGCGGUACCCUGUUCUUUUGCACACAUUUAGCAUCAGGGAGAACAGUGGAGGUUCUGGUUUACACAGAGGUGGUGAUGGCCUUGUGAGGGAGAUUGAAUUCCGGCGGCCUAUUGUUGUGAGCAUUCUAUCCGAGAGACGGGUGCAUGCUCCCAGGGGACUAAAAGGAGGACGAGAUGGAGCUCGUGGUGCAAACUUUUUAGUCAGAAAAGAUGGUAGAAAGAUUUACCUCGGAGGAAAGAACACUGUAACGGUUAGUGCUGGUGACAUUCUCCAGAUUUUCACGCCUGGUGGCGGUGGCUUUGGCUCUCCUUGA